CGACAAGCAAGCAAGCAAGCCGUCGGGCCAACCGUAGCACCACCACAUUGCAUGCACUGUAACCACAGCGCCACAGCACGCCUCACGCGCAGCAUAUAAUCCAGCGGCCGCGCACGCACGCACGCACGCACGGAGCCAACAAAGAGAUAGACGGACACACGCCCGGGGCACACGCUGGUUGCUGCGGGGAGGCAGCGAGAAAAGCAGCGCAGCGUGCCGACUGCCCCGAGCCAACCCCCACCCCACAAAAGGAGGGGGGGAGAGAGCGAGCGAGCGAGAGAGAGCACAGAGGGAAGCGGCGGUGGCGGCGGCGGCGGCGGAUGGGGGAGGUGGCGGCGCUGCGGCAGCUGGUCGGCCAGGUGCAGGAGCUCUGGGACCUCUACGGCGCCGUCCACGCACACGCCCACGGCCCCCUCCCCAGGUGGUAUCUACUAGAUUUUGAGCAUGGUUCGGUCAAGGAUGAUUAUUGUGGAGAAAGGACUGGAUACAACUCGGAAUUGCUGAAGAUCAUGGAAGCUAACCAAUCUCCUCCUCGCAAGCGACCACGCAGAGACAGAAACCGAGAGAAAGCAUCCUUCCUGAACUCAGCUGAAGCAAUGAAGCUAGAUAUUUGGAGCGAGUUCCCUGAAGACCUUUUUGAAACUGUCAUCGCAAGGCUUCCAGUGGCUGCCAUUUUUCGAUUCCGCACUGUUUGUCGGAAGUGGUGUUCUAUGGUAGGCUCAGACAAUUUCUCUCAGCAGUACUCUGAAGUUCCACAUGGAAUGCCAUGGUUCUAUACAAUCACACAUGAGAAUGGCAACAACAAUGUAGCGAUGUAUGACCCUUCGCUAAACAAAUGGCACCACCCUUCUGUUCCCCUUGCUCCUGCAAACAUAGUAAUGCCAGUGGCAUCUGCAGGUGGCCUUGUUUGCUUAUUGGAUCUUAGCCACAGGAACUUCUACAUAUGCAACCCUCUUACACAAUCACUAAAGGAAAUUCCUCCCAGGUCAGUUCAGGCAUGGUCAAGAGUGUCAGUAGGGAUGGUGCUGAAUGGAAGAGCUCCUAAUGAGGGUUACAAAGUGAUGUGGUUGCGAAAUGAUGGAAAUCAUGAGGUCUACGACUCUCUGCAGAAUAUGUGGUUUCAGCCAGGCGAGUUUCCUCCAAGCAUCAAGCUCCCACUUGCUCUAAAUUUCAGGUCACAGCCAGUCGCGGUUGGCAGCACACUGUACUUCAUGUGCUCAGAACCCGAGGGUGUGUUGUCAUAUGAUGUAAGCACCGGGACUUGGAUUCAUUUCAUCAUCCCGCUGCCGCUGCAUCUGACUGACCACACACUUGCCGAGUUCCAGGGGAAGAUCAUGCUUGUGGGCCUGCUGUGCAAGAACGCAGCGACCUGCGUCUGCAUCUGGGAGUUGCAGAAGAUGACUCUCCUCUGGAAGGAGGUGGACAGAAUGCCAAAUAUCUGGUGCUUAGAAUUCUACGGUAAGCACAUGAGGAUGACCUGCCUGGGCAACAGCGGCUUGCUCAUGCUCUCCUUGAAGGCGAAGCGAAUGAACCGCCUCGUGAUGUACAACCUUGUGAGCAAGGAGUGGCAGAAGGUACCUGAUUGCAUGCUCCCUUGCAGCCGCAAAAAGCAGUGGAUAGCAUGUGGCGCGGCAUUCGGUCCGUGCCCCUCUGCCUCGCCCUGACCGGUUCUUAGCAAAGGUUGACGUUGUCAUUUCAUUUUGUUAUACGUUUCUGUGUCGUUGUGACUUGGCGAGAAGGUUAUCUGUUGUGUACAAAUUCAAUGCCAAAGCGGUUGUUUUCGUUACUUACUGAAGCAAUCGGACCGUUCUGUUGUUACUGUCAGUUCUGUCACCUGCGGGAAUUUGUGUCGGUGCAAUUGCAACUGAUCGGUUGAGCUGAAUCCGGUAAGGUUGAUGUGAUCAAAAGGUCGAAAGAGCAGACAUCUGUUGGGUCUUAAAACUUCUAUUUGUUCCGUUAUUCUGUCUUGUUCAGCAUGUAAUAUUUGUACUACAUCUUGGGUCAUCUCCCCAGAACUGAGCAUACUGUAUUAAUAAUAAUGGCUGGAGUUUUAUCGAUGCUCCGCAUAUGUUCUGUUAA